AUGUAUCUGAAAGUGAUUAUAAAUAGAGCGAGACUAAACGGUAUUCCGAUUUAUUGUAUUGUGUUAGUAGUCACAUACUUGGUAGUAAAAUAUUACAGUUCCACAUUUAAGGGGAGCUAUAUACCUCUUCAUUUGCACAAAUAUUUGAACUUCAGCGAGAGUUUCAAGGUGUCUUCUGUGCAGCUAUCGCCGCGUGACCUAAACAUAGCGGCUACGUCGGUGGAGCUGGUGAACUUUGAACGCGAAGUGUUCAAUGAGAAACGAUUCGGUAAUGUGGGCGCAGAGACCACGAUAAUUGUAGUCCAGGUACAUCGCGAUAUCGAACGACUUCAGUACCUCAUCGUCUCCCUAGCUCAGGUCCACUACAUAGAAACUACCUUACUCAUCUUUUCCCAUAGCUACUUUGACGAGGCAAUUAAUAAGAUGAUCAAGAAAAUAACAUUCUGCAGGUUCAUGCAGAUAUUUUACCCCUUUUCUGUCCAGCUGAAUCCAAACAAGUUCCCGGGAAUUGAUCCUGAGGACUGCUUGAGCUCACAGACAUCAAAACAAUUUUGUAGCAAUCGAGACGCUCGCCGCACGGAGUACAAACAUCAUUGGUGGUGGAAAGCUUAUUUCGUUUUUAAUAAGUUAGACUGGUCUGACAAAUAUCGUGGUGUUGUUAUAUUCCUGGAUGAGAGCAACUACGUUUUACCAGAUCUAUUAUAUAUGCUCCGAUACUCUAAACGAUCUCUCUCCGUUGUCACGGGGAUCAGUGUCAUGGUUUUCGGAAGACCAUAUUUCAAGGAUUUGGAUUACGAUCUCCUGAUAAUAGACACCUGGCGACCGCCUUACGACAACGGAUUGGCGUUCAACAAAACUGUAUGGAAAGAAAUAGCUGCGCUUUCCUCUUAUUUUUGCACGUAUGAUGACCUCAGCUGGAGUUACUCUCUUCUGAACUUAUUUUCACGGUUCCGAGGAGGCCAUGUUGACAUGGUAUCGACAAUGGCGCCACGUGUGUUAACAACUAGUUUAUAUUCUACGGGACAUGAGGCUGCUGAGAAGAUUCACAUGCAACUCAAAGGAGCUCCCUAUUUUCCCCUAACUGUGAAGGCAGCUUUAGUGUACAGCAGCACUGGGAGGGUGGACUCGGGAGUCAACCUGCCAUCUAAAGGAACAGGUGGGUGGAGCGACUUGCGAGAUCACCUUCUGUGUUUGGACCCUCUGUCAACUGCGGACCAGACGACCGAUGCUACCGCCGACGAUACGACUACAACGCCGAAAUUUGUGAUUUUGCCACAAAUUAAUUACUCAUCAGCGGUUAUAGUGGUGGAGGACACCAUGAAGAGACAUCGGUUGUAA